AUGGCAUCCUCCUCCUCCUCCAAAGAAGUGAUAACCCUGAAACUACUAGUCGACACGAAGAACAACAGGGUCCUUUUCGCCGAGGCCGGAAAAGACUUCAUCGACUUCCUCUUCACCCUCCUCUCUCUCCCCAUUGGCACCGUUGUCCGCCUCCUCACUGCCAAAAGCUUGGUCGGCAGCCUAGGAAACCUCUACGACAGCGUAGACAACCUGAGCGAUACCUACAUGCAGCCCAACCAGAAAAAGGAGGUUCUGUUGAAACCCAAGGUGGCUAUCCGCUCGACGAAGGCAUCCCUUCUUCUCACCGACGACGAUGCGCCCGAGCCGGCGGUUAACAAGGCAUACAAGCAGUGUGCAAACUGUUAUAGGUUCGUCACCAAUGACCCAAAAGUUAAUUGUCCGACAUGCAAGUCUACUAUGUCGUACGAUGUAACAUUCGUCCCAUCAAAGGUUGCCAAUACUGGUUUAUCCGGUGAGGGAGGCUACGUUAAAGGUGUCGUAACAUAUAUGGUGAUGGAUGAUUUGGUGGUGAUGCCCAUGUCUAACAUCUCUGGUAUUGCAUUGCUUAGCAAGUUCAAUGUUACAAAUGUUCAAUCUUUGGAGGAGAAGGUGGUGAGUUUUGGGAUGGACGAGGACUUCCAGAUUCAAAUAUUGCGAUUCUUGUUAGAACAAGGAUCGCACAGCAUUGUAGUUCAAAAUAAGGGAAAAGUUGUUAUUGCCAGAUAUGCAUUUGGGUAA